AUGGUCCUCGCCAAGUCCUUCGUCCUCAGCUUACUAGCCCUUACCGCUGCCGCCGCCCCCAGCGGCCCAGGUGAAAAGGGUCCUCACAAGGGCAAAACCCCCAAGGGUUUUGUUACCGUGCAAGACGGAAAGUUUAAGCUCGACGGCAAGGACUUUUACUUUGCCGGUAGCAAUGCGUACUACUUCCCCUUUAAUGGCGACCAAUCAGAUGUCGAAAAGGGGUUGACCGCCGCCAAGAAGGCAGGUCUCACCGUCUUCCGCACCUGGGGAUUCAACGACAAGAACAGCACAUAUAUCCCGGGUGGUCUUCCACAGUAUGGUGGUGAAGGCGCUGGUCCUUCCGAGGUGGUCUUCCAGUGGUUCCAUCCCAACGGCACCUCCACCAUCAACGUGGCCGGCUUCGACAAGGUUGUCAAGGCCGCUGACAAGGUCGGAACCAAGCUGUUGGUUGCCCUGACAAACAACUGGGCGGAUUACGGAGGCAUGGACGUCUACACCGUCAACCUGGGUGGAAAGUAUCACGAUGAUUUCUACACAGUUCCCAAGAUCAAGAACGCCUACAAGCGCUACGUCAGGGAGAUGAUUCUUCGCUACAAGGACUCCCCCACCAUCUUUGGCUGGGAGCUCGCCAACGAGCCUCGUUGCGGUGCUGACGGCACUCGCAACCUUCCUCGUAGCCCGAACUGCAACCCGGCCGUCAUGGGCGCUUGGGUCAAGGAGAUGAGCGCCUACAUCAAGUCGCUCGAUCCCCACCAUCUCGUCACCUGGGGCGGAGAGGGUGAAUUUAACCUGCCCCAGGGUUCUGAUGACUGGGCCUACGCUGGCGGGAACGGCGGUGACUUUGACCACGAGAUCGCCAUCGACACAAUUGACUUUGGUGUGUUCCAUUCGUACCCGGAUUGGUGGUCAAAGACUGUGGAAUGGACACAGCAGUGGAUCCGGGACCACGCCGCGGCUGGUCGCAAGGCCAAGAAGCCUGUUGUUCAUGAGGAGUACGGCUGGAUGACGCCCGAGGCCAGACUCGAGUACCUCGGAAAGACACACAACUCUACCCGUCUGGAGGUAAUUGGCAGCUGGCAAAAGAUCGAGGUGGAGGAGAAGCUGGCGGGAACCAUGUACUGGCAGUUUGGGUACGGUGGUUACUCAUAUGGGCGCAACCACAAUGACGGCUUCACCAUUUACUUGGAGGACCCCGAGGCCAAGGAGCUGGUGUAUGGUCAUGCCAAGGCUAUGAACAAGCUCAACAAGAAGAAGGGUGGCAGAUAGAGAGGGAGCAGCACCCCCAACAUCUUGAUAUCGGUUAGCAUCCCACAUGCAUGUAUAAUAGAAGGUUGUCAGGGAAAAUCAAAAGCUUGAUUGCGCA